AUGGCCUCUGCUAAGGAAAACCGAUCCUGUGAGGGCAGCAGCAGGCAAGAAGAGGAUCUAUGCACCUCCCCGGAUGUGCUUGUCCUUCAGUUGCUGUGUCCCCUGUACCAAGACAAGAAGUUAACUGACCUGUUGCCUUUCCUGCUUUACAAGUACCAAAUUAAAGAACCUAUCACCAAAGGAGAAAUGGUGCACUAUGCAGACCUACGCUACUUCAGGCACUUCUCUCAAUUAUUCAAGGUGGUCAAUGAGUGCAUGUGUCUGGCCUUUGGCAUUGAAGUGAAAGAAGUAGAUCCCCCCAGCAGAAUAUAUGUCCUUAAGCCUGUCUUGGGCCUCACUUAUAAUGGGAUGCUGGGUGACAAUUACCAGAGCAUUUCCAAAAUGAACCUCCUGGUAGUCAUCCUCAUUGUCAUCUUCUUGAAGGGUAACUAUAUCAAUCAGAUAGAUUUAAGGGAAUUCCUGUUAACAAGGGAAAUGCUACCUCAAAGGAAGCGCUUUGCUAUUAGUAAACCCUGGGAAUUCAUCACCAAGGAACUGGUAGAGUUCCAAUACCUUGCAUGUCGGCAGGUGCCCAAUAGUGAUCCUGCUCAGUACGAGUUCCUGUGGGGUCCAAGGGCCCGUGCUGAAACCAGCAAGAUGAAAGUCCUAGAGCAUUUGGCGAAGGUUAAUAGGAGAGAUCCCAAGUCCUACACGAAUCUAUAUGAAGAGGCUUUGAGAGAGGAGCAAGAGGCCACCCGUUCAAGGGAUAGGAGCCAAUGA